AUGCGAUGCAGGUCGUGUUCUCAUCUUCAUUCGACAUUUGCUAUUCAUGAGACUUAUUUGAUGAAGACGAUCCGAGAUUUUGCACCUGAUGAUCUGUGGUUUUGUGACCUAGGUCCUGAGUUGUCUCGUUCAUUUCGUGCAUUGAAAGUGUGGUUCACAUUUAAAGAACAUGGUAUUGAGAAACUUGGACAGAAGAUCGCAGACAAUUGUGAACAAGCACAAUACUUUGCUCGAUUACUUGAGAAACAUGCAGAUAUCAUUCAUGUUCUUCGUCCUAUCACAUUGAACAUUGUUAAUUUUCGAGUUAUACAAAAAGAACUGGAUGGAGAUGAUCAUGAACUCAUCGAUCAAUUCAAUGCUGAUCUAACACAAGAUGUGCAAAUGUCAGGUGUAGCUUCGGAAUGGAAAUCAUUCAUAGCUAAAUGGGAUGUGUUAAGGAUUGUCUAA